UCAUGUCGACUCUUACUUAUAUUUCCACUCUUUCUUUUCCCUUUCUCUAUUCUCAAGUUGCCUUAAAGAGGGAGAGAAAGAGGUUCGUUUUUUCAGUUUGAAUAUACAGCAUUUUGUAUGUGUGAAUUAUGAUCGAGGAAACGUGUAUAAGCGGAUGUGAAAGCACAGAAGAGGUUUCAGCAAUGGAGGUUCCAAAUUCCGAUGGAGAAGUCCGGCGGAGUAGAGAUACAGAUGUUACAAGCUCCGGCACCGGUAAGAGAAGAAGAUUGGAUUCUCAAGAUCAGGAGAGUGGUUUCCAGCUUCGGUUUCGGUCUCGACGUGAGAUUGACGAAAAUUUCCAUGAGAAUGUUGUUUUGACGGCGGUGUCUGGUGUUUCUGAUCAUGUUUCGUCGUUUAUGUGCUCUAUUAUUGACGAUUCCAGACCAGAUCUGAAGGCGGAGUGUCUUUCCGAAACAGAAAUCUUCAUGUUCAGUAACGACGGUCUCAGUAGAGAGACAUCUGCAUCAAGUGUGGUUUCCUUGGAAUCAGAAGAAAUGGAGUCGUUAUCCACAUCUACUCCAAAGAAGAAGAAGAAGACCGGAGCCGCAAACGAAGCUACUUCCGGUCGUAAACCACCACCGGAAAAGUCUCCUUCUCCGGCCGAGCUUGAAGAAUUUUUCUCAGAAGCGGAAAAGUACGAAAAGAAACGUUUCACAGAAAAGUACAACUAUGAUAUCGUGAAAGAUGUUCCAAUGGAAGGAAGGUACCAAUGGGUUCGAUUAAAGCCAUAAUCAAUGGAUCCAUCAGCUGUCAAAUCGAAAGACAUAUCAUCUAGUUCUUGAUUAUUCCCUUCUUCUACUAAUUUCGAAUUCUAAUUUCUGUAACUAUUUUCCCUUUUUGGGUUUCUGUUAUGACAACAAUCUAGGCUUUAUCUCGUAAUCUAACCUCUCUUCUUUCA